GUGAAACUCCUUACAACAGUAGUACCAACUGCAGUGUCCCCUGGAGUCUACUGGUAGCGAGACGGGAGUUCUCACUAAUUCAAGGAUAGCACAUACACACCAUGCAAUGAGCACUUUCCCAAGGUCAUGGACAAAACCAUGUCUACGUUUUUGUCUGUUCAUUUUCAGUCCACCCUUGUGCCCGUUAUUCUGGGUAAGACUUGCUCGUCGCUUAAGUACUUCUAAUGGCCUUGUUCUACAGUAGUUUUUGCUUUAGUUAAGUACCUGAUUCUAACUACGUAGUUGUCUCACAACAAACGUCUCAAAAUCAACAACUACAACUUUUACAAGAACUUGAAACAGGAUGAGUGGCUACGAGGAAUUCGACUUUCCUAUGGCAGGAACCUGCUGUCUAGCAGUGUUCGUUACGUCGAUUGUCCUCUUCGCUUGCAGUUUCGAUGUUUUGGAGCCGCGCUACUACGGUUUGGUGUAUGACGAUACGUUUAAGUUAUGAGGAAAGGGGUUAUUUUCUCUCUACUGCAUGGAUUAGAUAGACGUUGCUCUCAAAAUCCGUGAUUGUACUUGAAGUACAAUUAUCUAUCACCUUUCCUUUUACGUUGUCUACAAAAUGAUACAGGUAUUUAUUUCAAAUUUUCGCUCCACCUUUGCGUCGCUUCCAUCAACCCCCUCUAACGGCAACUGUGAGUAGCACUGACGUAAGGAGAGACGCCCAGGAUGAUAGCGGCCGAUUCCUAAUCGGCCUUGGGAGUUAAGGCAACUGCCCCAACGGCAUCCCCCUAUAGCAUAAGUAACCUAUUCUCCACCUAAGCCAAGGACGAGAAUAGGUCACACAUUGGAAGUUGUUUCUUCUACCAAGCACGUUACUUCUACCUCCUAGGCUACCUGUCUCCAAGCUCUAAACAACGAGUGUCUUAUCCUACCCAUUGAGUCUUGUUGUGAUGUCAUGGAUGCCAGGUGGGGAGGACGGCGGUUCUAUGAGCGUAUGGACCAGUAAUGGACAGAGCGUUUUUUUGGACGUAUUUUUACAUAGUCCUCCUCUUUUGACAUAGAUGAAGCUUCUUAUAAAUGUACAGGCUGUAGUUGUAAAAAAAAUGUAAAUUUUUUGUCGUACGAGAUUCUUCACAUUGAGCAAAAAUUGCUUUUGAUGCUUUCAUCGUCCUUGAAGAUGUAAUCGAGGUUGCGCCGGGGGUAGGCAAUGCUAUGGUUCAUAAUUAUCCCAACUAAACUGAACAUUCACAACAAUUUAGCUGGUCUCCUUCUAUUGCUAGUACAAUAGUUAAGGAUUUCCGAAUUGCAUUUCUCACUAGUGCCAAUCCACGUCACAUCUCAUGACUCCGACGCACGUAGUUGAAUGGGAGGCAGCAUGUAGUCCUAUGGAAAAAAAAAAUAUAGAGGAGGAAGGUGAGGCGGACAAGGAAAAAGCAAGCAGAUGCUAGAGUGAAAAGGAAAUGGCGACUGCGUUUUGAGCUGAAGCACAAGAACAAGCAGAAAAAUAGCUUUUUAAAUUGUUAGGCCGGCACUUAUUGCCAACAGCAAAACAUUCAUCAGGCCGAUUCACUACACUGCUAAGUCCCACAAGAUUUCGUAAAUUGGUUGAAUAGAAUGCACCUUUUUAAUUAACCUAAUUAAGAAAACAAGAUAUCAAGCGGUCGCAGCAACUGCUUUAAUUCAGUUUUUACUGAAAGAAAAAUUAGUCUUAGUGAGGCCUGCUCACAUGAUCUUCGCUGUUGAUAGCCUUGUUAAUUAUUUAAUCUCCUGGUUGUUUAGGCUCUUCUCCAGUAAGUCACUUUUCGAUGGGCAGGCAUGUCAUACCCUUGCAGGUUGUAACACUUGCUUUCAGGGCCCUACACUGUUAGGUUGUGCCUUAGUUGUUCUACAGGGGCUAUUGUAAUAUAGUUCCCUCCGAUAGUCGUAGGUUUUGGCCGUUGUGAUACGGUCUUCUUGCUCCCCCGGUAUGUAAGUUUUGUAAAUGGAUUGUUUAAGUAGUUGAAUGGGAGGCGGCAUGUAGUCCUAUGGAAAAAAAAAAAAAAAAAAGUCCAGGCUUGAUUGAGGCUCUUGAACUUGAACUUGAACCACGACCUGGCCCUUUUUGUAAAGUUUUUUUCCAUAGGACUACAUGCUGCCUCCCAUUCAACUACUUAAAUAACCCCAUUUGAAAACUUACAUACCGGGGGAGCAAGAAAACCGUAUCACAACGGCCAAAGACUACAACUAUCGGAGAGAACUAUAUUACAACUACACUGCUAAACGAACCACCUCAGAUAUCCUUGCAGAUCCGACUUAUCAAGGACAAACUUCCGCAUCUCUACUAUUCAUGGGGGUUGCAGUGGCGCGACUGGCUAAGAAUGAUCGUCGAGAAAAGGAUAAAAGAAAUUUCAGUGACCUUUCAUACACUGGAUUUCUUCGAGAAGAGGUACUAGUAGUUGUUCUUCCGCAAUCUUUUACUUAGUAGGUUUGUUCUCACAGAUUUGUAACGCAUGGACGAUGAAAACAGGUUCUUUUCGUUUCUGGUGCAGGAUAGUUUUAUUUUGUCACAGAAGGAAUCGAUGCGUGUUUGAUGAAAGAAUCUCUUCAUAUAAGACACAUUAACUGUGUCCUCUGUAUGAUGUUUCCACAUGAUCAACACAGAAUCGUCCUGGCAAACAAGCUUAGAACGGAAGUGACGCAGAUUUUUGCAGGUGAAGGCGACGGACAUUUCACUAUGGUGGAUUUUCAACUAAGAAAAGUCGGCCUACCUGCGGAAUUUGAUGCUGUGGUGAUAGAAAAGUUACUCAAGAAACAGCAGAGACAGAAGGCAAGGAAUAGACAAGAGGUAGUUCUUCUACUUUUUUGUAGACAUCAAGGUCCUCAUGAGGAAUACAACCCUCAUGAUCAAUAUCGAUCGGACCCAGACGGCCGCUGAGUUCAUUGUAGGGCAUGUUGGGUGUUCCGCAGCGAUCCCAGCGACCCGGUCGUGGGGGCUGAUGCUUGGGCCCCUACCAGCUGGCCGCGACAACCUGAUGAAUUUCAUCUCUUCAGGUAGCCGUCCGGCAAGCCCAGAAGAAUUUGAAAUUGGCUCUGGCGGAUUAUGACGCGGACCUAGUUCUCGAGAUGGCGAGACAGGAAGGUAGUGUACGGGUAGCGAAGGAGGAGACAGACGGAGAAGCAGCGUUGACUAGAAAUUAUGGAAGAGAUACUUACAACCGAAAUUACAGAAGAGGAAAAAAUGAGCACCAUAUUAAGGUGGUCUAAAAUGAUCUGAUAGAAAUUUUGAUACUAUGUAUAAUUUGCGCCAGCGCCUCUGCACAAGAAAGUAAAGUCUGAACAAAGAAGAGAGAACGCCCUGUGAUCAUGUGUCGAAAGCGCAAGAAAGGACGGCGAUCAUGUGAUAAAUAUCCAUCCUCCUGACUUUACUCAAGCCGCCCAUCCUGCUCGGAGUCGAGCUAGGAGUCCGGGGGGCUCAAUCUGAAGGAUCCCCAACCUAACCUAACCUUAUUUCGUGUUUUCCUUUCUUUGAGAGUAUUGUCCCCUGCUCCUCCUUCUCUAAUUUUCCCUCAUAGAAGAUCCUAGGUUAGUCGCCCCUCCAACCAAAGUACCGCCCCCCCCUCCUUCUCUAACACCAAUACGCCGAAGUGUACCGAGAAUUUGCAGACCAGUUGUCCUGGCUGAAUACUACGGGCAUGGGGUACGAUGCUCUCCAUUUUUACAUCUACAGCCGGUUGGGCAGAGAUCAUCGCAGUGCGCAAACACAAGAACUUAUUGGGUUUGGAUAGGGUGACUGGCUGGUGCUGAUGGGGGUGGUUGGUGGUACGGCGUGGGAGCUGAGGGGAAGUGAUGUAGGAGGUACGGGGGGAGAUCAUGAAAGAAUAUUAUCAUUCUGAUGAACUUGAUGUGUUGAAACAAUUCUCCAUGAACUUGAACACCAAACUAUGUUGAAGAUGAUAUGGUAAAGAGCUCAAAAUACGACCUAUCUGAUUCUCUCAGCCUCAUGCUUUUUCCCACGAUUCGUUUGAUGUGCCCCGCAUGUAAUCGCGACACCAAGACCUCAUCGUUAGCCGUUUGGAUUUUCAUGCGAGCUUCCAGGAUGUUCACCAUCGAAGUACUACAGGUUCCUCUGACGUUGCUCCCUGUUCAGUGCAAUUUCUC